AACCUAGAGCUGUGUUAUCUUUAUUCAAUUUCAGCACUUGCAAUAGACCUAUUCGCGAGUUAACAGUGGUCGAACAUUGAGAUAGAUUGCAGAUCGCGUACCCAAAUUGUGUCUGUGGAUUGGAAUUAAAGGUGCAUAAAAUGCCUUCAUCUCCCAACAACGGACCGAAUCAUGGAACGAAAAAUGCUGCAAAAAUGGCCUAUAAAGGAGAAAAGGACAAACUCCUGAAACACUUGGAGAAUUACGAUUGCAUCAAUGAACAAUUUGAGUGCCCGUGGGAAAAAGAUGAUGUCGACUUGCACUCUUUGUUGGAAAAUAAGACCUACAUGGACAUUCAAAAGCGACGGAAACCCUCCAUGAUGGAAAGUGUUCUCAAAUUCACUACUACACCAAUCAAGUGGUGCCUUCGUCUUCUUAGGAAAACGACCAGCUUCUUCAGCAUUCCAUCACAAAUAGAAGAUCCGCACCCGUGGAAAGCUACCCUCCUUAUUGUUGCUGCUAGACAAAACCAAUACGAGAUUGUGGAUAUGCUCCUUAACAAAGGUGCCAAGAAGAACGUCAAGUGUUCCCACAAUUUGACUGCCCUCCACUAUGCGGCAUUUUUCGGACAUACCGAGACUUGUGAAAAAUUAUUGGCCAGGGAUGACUUGGAAGUACAAGCUCAAAGUGAUCGGGGUCUUACAGCCUUACAUUGCGCUGCAGCUGCCAAUCGCUUAGAUUGCUUCAAAGCCAUAAUGAAAAAAGCAACCAAAGAUAAAAUUGACGUUAGCAAUCAGGCUACAUUUGCAAAUUGGCACAUGAAAACAUCCUUACACUUCGCAGUAGAAAAUGAGAAUCCAGACCUGGUGGAGGAAUUACUUUCUGUUGAGAGUGUUAACCUAAACGCUCAGGAUAUCAAUGGCUAUACAGCUUUAGCCAUGGCCACAGAGUUGGGAAACAUUUCCCUCAUCGCGAUGUUGAUUAAUUGCCCCAGAAUCAAGACAAGCAUUGCCACCGCCCAGACCAGCCUCCUCCCAGCUAACUUGGCCAUCAAAGCCAACAACUUUCCAGCUUUUUGGUUGUUGAUAUCCAGAUCGGAGCGAGAUGAAAUCAUGGACAUUGAAGAAAAGUGCUCGAAGGAAGAGGUUCACAUCUUUAACAACCUCAUAUAUCAAAUGAGCUCCCGAUGCCAACGACCUCAAUUUAAGAGAGAGAAAUACGACACUUGCGGGGACGGAAUGGGAUUGGGUUUGAUCAUAAACAUUGAAAAAUUCCAAGGAGAGGGCAAUCGUCAGGGUUCUGUCAAAGAUUUGGAACAGAUGAAAGACACAUUGUCCUAUGUUGGAUGUGAAGUCUUUGAAAAACACGAUGUUAACAUCACAGAUGAGGAAAUAAGAAACCAAUUAGAAAAUUUCCAGAAUAUUAUAACCUGCAAAAACCCUCCCUUUAUUGUGGUGGUGGUUAUGACCCAUGGAGAGAGUGAGGGAAAGUUGUUGACCCAUAAUGGCUCUGUGACUGAUACAGAAAUACUGAGCCGUUUCAAUGGCGAAAAUUGUCCCGUGAUGCUGCGCAAACCCAAGAUAUUUAUCUUUCAAGCUUGCAGAGGAAACGGCAGAGACAAAGAGGUAUCACUGCCAAUUAGGAACAGAACGGAUUCCGUGCCAUUUCGCCAACCUGCCUAUUCGGCCAAUUGGAGUGAUAUGCUCAUUGCCUACUCAAGUGUGCCUGGUCAUGUAUCCUACCGGCAUAAACACACGGGCUCUGAAUUCAUUCAAAAAGUAUGCGAAGUGUUCAAAGCUCAUGUAUGCGCGCUGGAGAUUAGCCAAAUGAUGAGUUUGAUCAUGAAAGAAAUGGAUGCCUACACGAACGCAGAGGAGAACAGCAAGCAAACUUGUUGCGUUGAAUACCGCGGAUUCUGGAAGGCGUUUUAUUUCCCCGAGAAAUGGCAAUUUCAAGCCAGAUUGAAUCAAGGGAAAGAGACCUCUAUAUACGCCGAUGAAUUUGUUUUGAUUGCGCAAAACUCUUUCUAUUUAUCCAUCUCAGAACUUAAUAUGGCCCUAAUUUGCUCUCUAUUGUCUCUAAAACGAACGUUAUAUCUCAUUGAUAAAGAAACGGCUUUUGACACUCUGAAAGAUAAGCCAACAGUUUACUGUCAAGAAUGUUCUUCGAAACUCGCCAUGGCAAAUAAAACUAGUGUUUUUUAUGUGUUUCGUUACAAAAAUGAGUGGAAAAGUUUAGAAAUCAGACUGCGACGAGCCUCGGAUAUAACAAAUCAGCAACCAGGGCUUCUAUUCAAACACUUAGAGUGCUUACCAUGGACUUCGACCGAUGGACAGGGUCCUGAACCAGAAUGGGAUCUCGUCGGCUCUUUCCAACUGGAACCCAAAUUACAACGACUCUUCUCUAACAGGAGCCGUCGGACAAUCCCACCGGCCGGUAACGGAGAACUGGACGUCUGGAAAUGUACUCCUUUGAUUGCAGCCUCAUGUUUAGGCUUAAAUGAAGCGGUUCGGUGCUUAUUGAAAUUUGAAACAGAGAACGGUCAAUGCUCAAAGGAGGGCACUGCCCUUCAAUGGGCGGCCUAUUUCGGGCACGAGGAAAUCUGCGUGGAACUCCUGAAAAAGGAGAAGCUCAAGAGCACGGAUGGAGCCCUUCAUGCAGCCAUCAGAGGACGACGACCAAAGGUGGUGGAAACACUGUUGAAACAUCCGCAGAUCGAUCCAGAGCUCUUGCUCUGUACAGCGGGGCAAAGCCCAUUGGAAUUUGCUCUGGCUUUGCAAUGCGACGAAAUUAUCAUGUUGUUGAUUCAAUGCCCAAGGGUGGAUUUGAAGCGGACUGAUUGCGUGGGCUACGCUUUGGAUCGAAAGAACAUCGAGAUGCUCAAGACUUUGCUGCAACGUGAUAUACCCAUCUCCAAACAAAUGCUAAUCAAGGCGGCUGAAUCGGGCGACAAAUACAUGUUCCGUCUCCUGGCCUUUGAGGCCAAUGUUGGAAUCCUGGAACAUGAGUUUGCAAGUGAAAACGAGUCAUUGGUCGUAGACUCUAAAAAGCGACAAACACAAAAAUUCUAUAGCGAUGAAAUCAAAGCACUCCGUUCACUUGGCAGUCGCACCAAAAAGACGACAUAUGACUUGGAAGGAACUGGUGGUGGAGAUUGUUUGAUCAUUAAUAUCGAAAACUUUGAUGAACCUGUGGACAAUUCGAAAACGGUUCCCAACAGAAUUGGCUCAAAAUAUGACGUUGGGAAGAUUGAGGAACUUUGCCAAUAUCUCAACGUCAAUGUAACAAAAAUCACCAGCGAGUCAAAAAUCGAUUUAAAAACGUUUGACGAAAAACUGAAUAGGUUCUGGAAUACGGAUUUCACCUAUUCCCCAUUGCUGAUGGUUUUUAUAAUGUCCCAUGGGACCGACGACGGAGAUUUCAUUUUAUCAGAUCAUAAACGGAAGAAAAUCGAGGGAAUCAUUCAGCGGUUUUCACAAACACCACCCACAGGCAUGCAAGGGAAACCAAAACUUUUUUUCAUCAACGCAUGCAGAGGGCAGACCUUUCCACUUCCAGCAACGAUUCAAACAGACAGCAAGGCAAAACAGGCUCAAAUCUAUAACGAUGUCAUGGUGGCCUUUUCCACAAUACCAGGCUACGUGAGCUUCCGGGAGGACAAAAACGGGUCUUUUUUCAUCCAAGUGCUUUGUUCGGUUUUCAAAAAGAAUGCUUCUCACCUGGACCUUGCCUCAAUGAUGGACUUGGUAAUGGAAGAAAUGCAAGACCGACAAAAUGCAGACAACACCGAGGAUUACAAACUGCAGACUCCCUGCGUGGAAUAUCGAGGGUUUUGGAAAAAGCUUUAUUUCAGUUUCGGGGGCACAGCUCUAAGAGUGACAUCAUGAGGAGAUCUUCACAUCAGCGCAUCCCAUGAAAGUUUCCUGAGGCCCACAGCCCAAGGCUUCACUUCCAUCCUCACAGACACCCCAGGAGUUGCCGGUGAUCCACUUCCACUGCAUGAAAAAGAUGUGAAAUGAAUUCUAUUUUUUAUUUCUUAAAGAAUUUAAAAAAAUUGACGAACCUGAAAGAUACAUUGCUCACAUGUUA